AUGCACGAUGGCUGCACCUUUGCGUCUUUUGGUCCAACUUGCCGAAAGCUUUCCUUCCGAGUCCAUUGGACCUUAGCGUCGCUCCCUUAUCCUCUCACGGAUAGGACAUCGCAGGCUGCGUCGGUGCUUGCGAUGGUUUGCGUUGCGAUUCGAAAAUCCGACCAUCAGAUGAUGAAGAUUUCGUUCCCGCUGGUCCCCAAAUUUUUCACCAUUCCUCAUACUGGGAUUGACAGAUUCUCACACACCACGCAGGCGCUGGCCGAGUUGAGAACCAAAAUUUCCCAAACCCCCCGACGCGUGACGCGUAAACCCCCCACGGCUGCACGUUGGACUUGUUUUCUACAUUUCGCCCUUUCCAAAACUUCUGUGAGCGAGGGUCGCUUCCGCUUGAUUGCGUCGGCGUCCGGAUCGUUCGAGCUGUGUCGGAAAGCAGGCAUGACAAUGCUGCAGCUGAUGCACAUCGCGAUCUGUGUCGUGGUCGAGGACGGGAAUGCUAUCUCAUACUCGACCCAACUUCGCCGUCGUCCUCGUCGACUUGUUCUGCGACACUGUAUCUCUGCGUAUCUCUUCCGAUGUGCGAUCCGUGAUCAGCACAGCAUGAAUUGCGCAAAGAGCCCUCAACUGAACAUGGACCUGUGUGCGAGCGAAGAGCAACGAGAAGCCGUCGGAAAAAGGGUGGCUCGGAUCAGCUUGCUCGUGUUGCAACCGAUACCUUUCUUUCGAUGCGGGGGAAACAAAAGCGUCACACGCUUCGUUCGAACUCUGUCUGGCUCGAUUUGGCAAUUUCCCGUCCUUUGUGGGAAUGCCAAUCUGCACAUACCACACGACGGUGGAAUUUUCCGCUUGGAAAUUCACUCUUUUCGGAGCUCAACUUUCUGGCCUACACUGUAUGCAAAGAUAGGUUUCUCCGCGCCUGAAAUCGUUCAUUCUGCAGUUCCCUGGUUGAGAAGUUACAGACUCGCAGCUGCCCUCCUCUUCUGUUCGCCGUCGCCGAGGAGAAUGGCUUGCCUUGAUUGCCAUGCGAAGAAGGUUGUCACGCAAGAUAGAGAGAGGCACAGUGUCGUUUGCCGCUUUCUCGGUAUUUGA